AUGGGUUUCUUAGGGGUCUACAAAGCCAUAUACGAUUAUGCGCCCCAAGCUGAAGGCGAGCUUGCAAUCAAUGACGGCGAUGUGCUCUACAUACUGGAGAAGAAUUCCGAAGAUGACUGGUGGAAGGCCAAAAAGAAGGCCAGCGCUGAUGACGACGAGGAGCCCGAGGGUCUCAUCCCAAACAACUAUGUUGAAGAGGCUCAACCCGUAGCAAAAGCUCGCGCCUUGUACGAAUACACCCGGCAGACAGACGAAGAGCUUUCCUUCCCCGAAGAUGCUGUUAUCGAUGUGUUCGAUACUUCAGACCCUGACUGGAUUUUGGUCGGACGAGACGGCGAUUAUGGUUUCGUUCCUUCCAAUUAUAUCGAGAUAGGUGAGCCAGAGGAGACUGUUGCUCAGCCCUCGCCACCUCCGGCCCUGCCAAUGCGCUCCAUACCUGCUACCACGAGCACCGACAAUCAUGCGGAAAGACCGGAAUCUGCAUAUUCUUCUACCAGCUUGCAGCAGAAUAGCCCUGCUGCGGCUCUGGCAGGAGUCAUGGCUGGACGUUCUGCUCCUCGUGCUGCUACUCCCCCACUUCCGCCACAGUCUCCUUCAGAACCAUCAGAUGAUGAGCCUGUAAGAAGUCCUGCGCUGCCGGCCAGGCCGGUCUCCCAAGCAGCUCCUGCCCCGGCACACGUUCGAUCUGAGAGAUCAAUAGACACUCACUUGUACGCUGAUUCUCCCGAGAUUGAGGAACCACCCUAUCGUGCACCCGGUGGUUUCCAUAUGUACAACAUCAAUGAGAUGGUUUCCGUUAUGGGCAAGCGCAAGAAGAUGCCCACCACUCUUGGUGUCAACUUGGCCACUGGUACCAUUUUGAUUGCUCCGGAACGUGCCCAGGAUGGCCCGUCACAAGAAUGGACAGCCGAUAAGAUGACACACUACUCCCGCGAAGGCAAACACGUCUUCCUCGAGCUUGUCAAGCCAAGCAAAAGUGUAGACUUUCACGCCGGUGCCAAAGAUACAGCUGAGGAAAUUGUAAGCGCUCUAGGCGAACUAGCUGGAGCGGUCAGGGCCGAAGGCUUGAGGGAAGUCAUUCUUGCAGGAGCUGGAAAAGGCCAGAAAAAAGGGCAGGUGUUAUACGACUUCAUGGCUCAGGGUGACGAUGAAGUAACAGUCGCUGUUGGCGAUGAUGUUGUUAUCAUUGACGACACCAAAAGCGAGGAAUGGUGGCAGGUUCGACGUAUCAAAAACGGAAAAGAAGGUGUUGUGCCGAGCAGCUAUAUCGAAGUAACAGGUUCUGUCACGCCACCUGGUGGCAACGCUGGCUUGAACGCCGCCAAAUCAACUGUCGAGCAAAAUCGGUUGGAGGAGAUAAGGUUGACAAAGGAGGCUGUCAAGGCCGCUCAGAGAGACAGCUCACAGCAGGUAGGGCCUGGAAUGCCUCUACCAAAGCGAGGCAGUAGUCUUAUGGCACAAGAAAAUGGUAAUAACUAUGGGCAGCGGAAUAAACGCGAAAACGGACGAAGCGAAGGCGGCGGCCAAAGUCGCAAAUCUAAACCGGAUGCAUCCAAAGUUCGAACAUGGACUGAUCGAUCCAAAUCGUUUAGUGUCGAGGCGCAGUUCCUUGGGCUCAAGGAUGGCAAGAUCAAUCUGCACAAAAUGAACGGUGUAAAGAUCGCGGUACCUGUAGCCAAGAUGUCGGUAGAGGACCUUGAAUAUGUCGAACGCAUCACUGGUAUCUCACUGGACGAGGACAAACCCCUAUCCAACGUUAAGAAGGCCAGAGCAGCCUCACAAGCUGGGGCACUCAGGGAUUCGGCUCCUGUCGACAGAAUUGGCGCAUCCGUUGGACAACCGCAGAAACCUGAGUAUGACUGGUUCCAGUUUUUCCUCUCUUGCGAUGUGGCGGUCGGCCUAUGUGAGCGCUACGCGCAAGCAUUUUCCAAGGACUCUAUGGACGAAAGCGUGCUUCCCGAUGUCGAUGCCUCUGUGCUUCGUAACCUGGGUCUCCGCGAGGGAGACAUCAUCAAGGUCAUGCGUACUCUGGAUCAGAAGUACGGUCGUGUACGUUCCCAAGGCAGCGACAAGGGGACUGUCGAAACUGACGGCUCGUCUGGGGGUCUCUUUUCAGGCCCUGGCGGUGCCUUGCGCAACAAUACAAGGAAGGGCAGGCCAGCACCCGCUGUUCAGACGAGUGAUGUCGUGGAUCCUAAGGCAUUCUCUCGUAAGGACGAUGGCACAGUUGAAGAAACUGUGUCAAAAUCGCCGUCAUCAGCAUCAGCAAUCCCCGCGAGUGGUCAGAAAGGCGCCAGCGGCUUCGAUGACGACGCCUGGGAUGUAAAGCCUAUGAAGCAACCACAAGAGCCACCACGACCUGCUGCUGCAGUGGCUGCUGUGCCGAUACAAGCAACGGCUUCUCAGCCUCCUGCUGAACCUGUAUCACAGGCUACACCAAUUCCACAGGCACCAGCGCUGACUGGUUCAAUGCAGGAGCUAUCGCUCUUAACAACGCCUUUGGAGCCGCAGAGAACUGCCCAACCCCCAGCGUCAACCCCAGCAGUCAGUCACCCACCGGCACAAGCUCCCCAACCAACAGGGGCUACUCCAUCCUUCUUUGCCACCGUUCGACCGAGCCCUUCCGUAGCGCAGUCGCCGCAGCAAUCGAUGCAACGGCAAAGGCCUGCACCUCCUCCAACCUCCUCGGGCCCAGGUUCACUGAUGCCUCCGCCGCCCGCACGUCCGUUAUCAGCUCCUCAGUCGGCUCAGCCAAGUGCGUUUGCACCACCACCCCUAGCACCUCAAAUGACUGGAUUUCAAACUCAAGUUGCACCACCAGGUCAGAGCCUGAACGAGAUGAACCAGGCGCGUCUGCAGCAGCAAUAUGUGAUGCAGCAGCAACAGCAACAGAUGCCGCAGUCGCAGAUGAACCCGUACCCUGUACCCCAGUCUCAGCCUAUCCCAGGCGUUAUGGGCUUUAAUCCGGGCAUGCAACCAACAGGUGGGCAAUUUAUGCAAUCCAUGCAACCGAUGAUGACCGGGGCACCAGCACAGAGCCCCUUCGCCGAUCCCCAGAGGCAAAGUCAAUUCUCCCCGAUGCAACCACAGGCCACCGGUUUCUCAGGACAAUUUGGGGCCGCUCAGGGAUUCAAUCCCCAGCAUACCGGCAACAUCAACUCAUUUUUACCGCCCGCCAUGGAACCACAGCGCACAGGGAUGCCAGCCUUCCAGCCUCAACCGACGGGUUUUGGGGGGUUCAACAACGUUGGCGGUGCUAGCUCAAUGCCUUCUCUAACUCAACCUUUGCAACCACAAAAGACAGGACCUCCACCCCCAGUCCGAUUUGGUGUUACGGGUGACGCCAAAAAGCUGAUGCCUCAGCCAACAGGGCGACGGGCAAACCUCUCACAAGCUACUCCCAACAACCCCUUCGGUUUCUAA